UUUGAUUCGAUCCGACCCGACCCGACCAGAAAAUCGCAAAACCUGUGUUUUUGCUUUCCCCGGUCUCUCAAAAUAAAAUUGCUCGCUUAGAAGCUUCAAACGCAGCUGAAAUGGCGGUUCAAGCAAAUCAGAGUGCUUCUUUUGGGUUCAGAACAGCUUCACCUUCUCAGAAGCUCUCUUCGAAACCCAUAGCUCAUAUCUCUCUAUCGACGAAGCUCAAACCCUCUUCUCGACCAUCGCUUUCGUGCUCUACUUGGAAUCAGGGUCAAAUUCCGGCGAGACACUCCUGUAUCAAUCCCGGAAUAUUCGCAUAUCCCCCCUCCAAUCUUACCUUCUCUCAUGAACUACCAGAAUCUGAAUCUCCGCCACUUGGAAAGAAGAAGAUGCGUGUGUUAGUGAAGCCGCUAGAGAAACCAAAGGUGGUACUGAAGUUUGUAUGGAUGCAAAAGGACAUAGGAGUUGCAUUAGACCAUAUGAUUCCAGGAUUUGGAACAAUCCCACUUAGUCCAUACUACUUCUGGCCUAGGAAAGAUGCUUGGGAAGAGCUCAAAACUUUGUUAGAGAGCAAGCCUUGGAUCUCUGAGCUUCAUCGUGUCUUCCUCCUUAACCAAGCUACAGACAUCAUCAAUCUUUGGCAAUCAAGCGGUGGAGAUUUGUCUUGAUUUGGAUUCACCAGAUAUAUCUGUUUAUCAUAGGUAUCAUUAACUUUUCAAAGUCUAAAGCUUUUGUGUUGUUUAGUCUAUCAUUAGUCCUCUGUGUAAUCAUCGAAACUCGAAAAAACUUCUAUCAUUAAAAUGGCGAAUUCAAAACAAGAAAACAAAAGAUCAUCAUCAUCAUCAUGAUGAACGUUUAAUCGAAGUACUUAGACAUUUGAAUCGAUUUAUUACUCAUCCCACAUUUCUCAUAGAACACUUUGUUCUCCACACUACAAUCUAGAAUCACCUUAUAGCAACCCAUUGAUUUGCAAUGAUCCAUAAGAAACUCAACAACUUUCUUCCCCAGCUGUUUCCCGCGAAACCUUGAAUCCACAACAACGUCUUCAAUGUGCCCAGCUUUACCGCAAUUCCUCAGAAACUUCUUCUCUAUCAUCACACUACCCGUAGCAGCGAUUUUUCCCGAAGUUUCUUCUUCGAUCACGCAGAUCACGUGGUCGUCACCAUACGAUCUGAUUUCUUCGAAUCGCCGAUCGAAUUCUUCGUCUGUUACUGAUCCGGUGACGGUUAGUUGACCUAGAAGCUCGAUGAAUCCUUUUCUCUUAUCGGAGAUCUCCAGUUUUCGGAUCUUGAAUGUCUCAGCCAUAGAAUCAGAUCGGAUAAUUUUGAAUUUGAGUUUUUUUUUAUAAGAUCCAGUCACUCACUGGAAC